GCAUAAGCCAAUCACGUUUCUUCCUGUGGCUUACUUUUGACCAAUCACGUUUCUUCCUGUGGCUUACUUUUGACCAAUCACGUUUCUCCCUGUGGCUUACUUUUGACGAAUCACGUUUCUCUUCUGUGGCUUACUUUUGACCAAUCGCGUUUCACUCCCAUGGCUUACUUUGGACCAAUCGCGCGUUCCUCUCCUGUGGCUCACUUUUGACCAAUCGCGUUUCUCUCCUGAGGUAAACUUUUUAACCAAUCACCGGCAGCUAUUAUUAUCAUCUUUGAGUUAGCGAUAGAAAAUGUAUGCGUAUCCUGUUUUUCAACGGCAAUCGGCAACAUCAAGCCGACUCCUCAUGGCACCAUCAGCAGAGGCAAAGCGCCUAGAAAAGCUUGAGUCCGGAAGGGCCAAAAGUAAAGAGGAGGUGCUGGCAGAGGCUAGAGCUUUUGUCAGCACAAAUGGUGGAGACCCCAGUGACCAGUUUUUAGUUCUCGCUCACUGCAAACUUCAGUUUGGGAAGUACCAGGGCCAGCGAUUUAGAUGGCUCCUGGAAAACUCUCUGGGGUAUGCAGUGUAUUUGGUGCUUAGCAGUUCCAGUGAGAAAGCCCAUCCAAACCCGCUGUCAGAAAACAAACAGCUGUACCUGCAGUAUACUUCUCUUAUAAGAGAGAUGGCAGAAGAAGUGGAGAAGUAUAAGAGAAAGCAGGAAAUGCAAGCAGAAGCCCAUGCAACUGGAGACCAAGGCUGCUUGAUGGUGGAGUUUGGUGACUUCCAGGGCCGGUCCAUGAAGGAUGUUUAUGAGGACCAGAGCAAGCAGGCCCAAGCCCUCAUCAGGUACCUGAUAAAGGCAAAUCCCAACCCCAACACCAACAUGGCCAUUUUCAAGACGUAUGUCUUGAAAAGACAGGCUUCUGCUGUGGGCACCCGUGUAUGCCAGCCUGCACCUCAAGUUGCAUCCUCCAGUGCCUCUGCACCUCCACCUGCAACCUCCAGUUCCUCUGUACAUCCACGUGCAACCUCCAGUGCCUCUGCACCUCCACCUGCAACCCCCAGUUCUUCUGUACCUUCACCUGCAACCUCCAGUGCCUCUGUACGUCCACGUGCAACCUCCAGUGUCUCUGCACCUUCACCCGCAGCCAUCAAAACUGGUGUACACCAGAGCGCCACUGUGAAAGCACUGUUGACGCGUGGCAAACAUUUGUCUCCUUCACACCUGGCGAGAAAACUCAUGUCACCAGUGAAACACUAUCCAUUGCUGCAGUCCACUUUACCUCCUCCAGCAGCAGAACCCCCAGUCACACAUUUGACCCGAAGGCAGCUUUUCACUACUGGCACUUCCGUUUCCACUGCUGAAGAUGAUGAUGAUGAUGAGGAACUGGAAUUUGCUGCAUCACAAUGUGAAGCACAGCUUAAUACAGGUGUGGCAUAUGACACACAUGCAAAUAUUAUAAGAAUGUUUUUGUGA